AUGGCACUCUCCGUGGAGGCCCUCCCACCCUACCCAUCCAGCAAGGCGAGGGCUGCCCUCUCACCCUCGCAGGCUGCGACGCUCUAUCAAACUAUCUCUUCUCGUCUUGCGCAAACCCUUGCUUUACCGGCCGCGCAAUCUCACAAAUCCUCCAUUCAGACAUUCCUAGCCACCUACGCAAAGGACGCUGCACAGCUGGUGCUCAACUCGCUGAUCUGGGAACAAUCCCAGAGCCAAGGUCAAAACGUAUUCUCGAACUUGUCUCCGGUCGAGAAGACGAUACGACAACGCGUUUUCUUACUUUCGGAGCGAAUGGCUGCCUCGGGUUCUCUUAACCUGCAAACGCUUCUGGAUCUGAGCGUGGCUUAUGGUUCAACCAAUCUGACCCGUUUCCGGGGCCUCUUCUCCACGGCGUUCGCUCAUGGCACUUCAUCGCUCGUGUCUCAGGUAAAGGACGAAGCAAUCCCUGCGUUCACUUCUCUUAUUGCAGACGGCAAUGCGCAAGGGUUAUAUGGCUUGCGCAAAGCUGCACACAUCAUCUUGUCCCUCCUGCGCUCCGCGCCGUCAGACCUCACUCGCCUCUUCGCGCAAGACAAGCACUUCAUGAUCGCACUCGCGCGAGCGUAUGAUAAUGGCCUCGGGACGAUCGCACACUCCUACGGCGGGCUCAAUAUACGCUCUUCGCAUGACGCCCCAUUGGACGACUGGGAACGGCUAUUCCUCGAAACCAAAGUCGCGCUCAUAGACAGCUUCCAUCUCCUCAUCCGUGCCCUCCUCACCGAUGUCGCUGCCCAGCCAGGACAAGCCGCUGACCCCGCCUUCGAGGUCAUCUUCGGUCUGCUCGAUGUCCCGCCUUUCCGUCCGGCCGGGACCACAGCCUUCCUCGACCGCCCGCUCGUCUCGGACUACCAGCACGCAUACGACCUCUCGCGUACGCUCAAGGAAGCGCUGAAGAGCCUGGAUGACCCUCGCAGCGAGCUCCUCGAGUCCUCUCUGCGCACGCUUGAUGCAUCGCAGGGAGAGGGCUCGUCGGGACCGGGGGCGCUGAAGCUUCUCUUGCGCUCAUCCGGGGCGCCGCCCGCUAUCGACGCGCGCGGACGCGGGCCCUCUGCUGCUAGCGCAGGCAAAGGCAAGGGAAAGGGAAAGGGAAAGGCGGUCGCAGCGGAGCCGCGCGCAGACCCCGUGCUGGAGGCCGCCGUCGCACAGGUACUCGAGAUCUUGCCCGACCUGCCCGCGCCGUACCUGCGGUUCUUGGUGUCGAGCGAGAGCUAUCCGUACCGAGGGGACGCGGAACGGCUCUUGGGUGCGUUGCUUGAAGGGACGGCGCCGGGCCAGGAGGAAGUGGGCGGCGCUAUGCGUGCAGCAGAGGCGGCCGGCGCUGCGCCGAGCAUGCCCGUGGUGGAGAGGGCUCCAGGCGAGUUCACGUAUACGCGCGAGCGCCGGAACGUCUUCGACGAGGAGAAGAUAGAUAUGGAGAGCGUGCGCGUGGGGAAGAAGCGGGACGAGGCAGAGACCGUCCUUCAAGAUCGCUCCUUCGUCGCGGAGAUGAAGGCGGACAUCAUGCGGCGUGCGGAGGAGGCCAACUACGAGGAGGAUGAGGAAGACGACGCGGACCUCUAUGGGUACUCCGCAGGUAACAACGCUAAGGGCAAGGGUAAGGUCGUCGCGUUCGAGGAGGAGCUGGACGACGUCGAGGGCGGCGGGGUGAAGGUGCGGGAUGGCGACGAGAGCGGGCCAGAGGGGACGGCGUCGGAUGGAGAGGAUGGCGAUGAGGGUGAGGGAGAGGUGGAGGGAGGCAAGGCAAGGCCUGAGACGGUACUGGAGUUGGCGUACCUCCGGGACCAGAAGCUGUUUGAGAGGGAUGGGCAGACGAGGAGGAGCAAGGCGCGGGCGGAGCUGAGGGAACAGACAGGAUGGACGGACGAGCAGAUCGAGGGAUGGAAGAUCAUGCUGGAACGAAAUCCCAACAAAGACAAGACCCUCGCUAAACACGAGUUCACGGGCAACCGCCCCCUCCCCUCAUCCUCCUCGCACGAGGCGCACCGAGGAGGCUCGCGCGGGCGGGGACGCGGGCGCGGUGGGAGGGGACGCGGCGGUGGCGGUGGCCGAGGCGGUGGUGAAGGUGGAGGUGGAGGUGGCGGACAGGGCGACUCAGCAAGGGGCAGGGCGUGGAAGGACAAGAACAAAGCGAGUCGGGCGAACCAUAACCGGAAGAGGGGGCAUGAUAAGAAGAUGGCGAGGGUCGCAGGGCCUAGCUGA